CCUAAGCAGCCUGGUUUGGAGGAAGACGACCAGGCACCUGGACACUGGGAUCUGCAGCUUCCCCACUCGCCUAGAGCUCCUCAGCACUGAGAGGGAACCCCAGUCAUGAAGAGGUUUCUCCUGGCCACCUGUCUGGUAGCUGUGCUGCUGGAGGCAUGUGCAAUUCCAGCACUCCAGGUUCCUGUCAAGACCAAAGGCAAACAUGUGAUCCCUGAACAGGAGACAGAGAAGGCCUGGGGUAGCAGAGCCAUGGAGCCCCUGGAGAAGGACAACCAGCUGGGGGCAUUGUUCCCUAUACCCAAGCAGAAGCUUGCAGCUGCUGAGGAAAAGCGCCCAGAUGCCAUGACCUGGGUGGAGACUGAAGACAUUCUGAGCCGUUUUCGGAACCCUCAGGAUGGUCCAGAACCGGAUCUUGACCACCUGUACCACCCCAGAUCUGAGGAGGCCCAGAAUGAGGAUGUGCCCCAGACGUGGCCCGUGCUGUAUCGUCAGGUGCUCCAGGGACCAGAGGAGGACCUUGACCACCUCUCUCACUCUAUGUAGGACUCUGGAGAGCCCUAACCACUCUCCCAUGCCUGUCCUGAGGUCCAGGCUGUUGUGACCACUGACUCCCCAGCUAGAAAAAAAUAAACACCUGCAAACUGGA